CUCCGGCUGGCGCCGCCGCCUCGCGCUCUCCUGCUCCGCCGCGACCGUCCGGGGGGCUGCUCCUCCCAAGUACCAUGUGUGACGGCGCCCUGCUGCCUCCUCUCGUCCUGCCCUUGCUGCUGCUGCUGGUUUGGGGACUGGACCCGGGCACAGCUGUCGGCGACGCGGCGGCCGACGUGGAGGUCGUGCUCCCGCGGCGGGUGCGUCCCGACGACGUGCACCUGCCGCCGCUUCCGGGCGCCCCCGGGCCCCGAAGGCGCCGGCGCCCCCGCACGCCCCCCGCCGCCCCGCGCGCCCGGCCCGGCGAGCGCGCCCUGCUGCUGCACCUGCCGGCCUUCGGGCGCGACCUGUACCUGCAGCUGCGCCGCGACCUGCGCUUCCUGUCCGGCGGCUUCGAGGUGGAGGAGGCCGGUGCAGCCGGGCGCCGUGGACGCCCCACCGAGCUGUGCUUCUACUCGGGCCGCGUGCUGGGCCACCCCGGCUCUCUCGUCUCACUCAGCGCCUGCGGCGCCGCCGGCGGCCUGGUUGGCCUCAUCCAGCUUGGGCAGGAGCAGGUGCUAAUCCAGCCCCUCAACAGUUCCCAGGGACAAGAGCAUCUGAUCAGGCGCAAAUGGUCCUUGACACCCAGUCCCUCUGCCGAGGCCCAGCUGCCCGGGCAGCUCUGCCAGGUCCUAACAGAAAAGAAAAAGCCAAGGAGGGGCCAGUCUUCGAGGGACCGGCGGGAGCGGAGGAACGCCAUCCGGCUCACCAACGAGCACACGGUAGAGACGCUGGUGGUGGCCGACGCUGACAUGGUGCAGUACCACGGGGCGGAGGCCGCUCAGAGGUUCAUCCUCACCGUCAUGAACAUGGUAUACAAUAUGUUUCAGCACCAGAGCCUUGGAAUUAAAGUUAACAUUCAAGUCACCAAGCUUGUCCUGCUGCGACAACGCCCUGCCAAGUUGUCCAUUGGGCACCACGGUGAGCGGUCCCUGGAGAGCUUCUGUCACUGGCAGAACGAGGAAUACGGAGGUGCACGGUACCUCGGCAACAAUCAGGUUCCAGGAGCCAAGGACGACACGCCGCCCGUGGAUGCCGCUGUGUUCGUGACCAGGACAGAUUUCUGCGUACACAAAGAUGAACCUUGCGACACCGUUGGAAUUGCUUACUUAGGAGGUGUGUGCAGUGCUAAGAGGAAAUGUGUGCUUGCCGAAGACAAUGGUCUCAAUUUGGCCUUUACCAUCGCUCAUGAGCUGGGCCACAACUUGGGGAUGAACCACGACGAUGACCACUCCUCCUGCGCCGGCAGGUCCCACAUCAUGUCGGGAGAGUGGGUGAAAGGCCGGAAUCCCAGCGACCUCUCCUGGUCCUCCUGCAGUCGAGAGGACCUCGAAAACUUCCUCAAGUCGAAAGUCAGCACCUGUUUGCUGGUCACGGACCCCCGGAGCCAUCACGCGGUGCGCCUCCCGCACAAGCUGCCGGGCAUGCACUACAGUGCCAACGAGCAGUGCCAGAUCUUGUUCGGCACCAACGCCACCUUCUGCAGAAACAUGGAGCAUCUGAUGUGCGCUGGACUGUGGUGCCUGGUGGAAGGAGAUACGUCCUGCAAGACCAAACUGGACCCUCCCCUGGACGGCACAGAGUGUGGGGCAGACAAGUGGUGCCGCGCGGGGGAGUGCGUGAGCAAGACGCCCAUCCCGGAGCACGUGGACGGAGACUGGAGCCUGUGGGGCGCCUGGAGCAUGUGCAGCCGCACGUGCGGGACGGGAGCCCGCUUCCGGCAGAGGAAAUGCGACAACCCUCCCCCGGGGCCUGGAGGCGCGCACUGCCUGGGCGCCAGCGUGGAGCACGCGGUCUGUGAGAACCUGCCCUGCCCCAAGGGCCUGCCCAGCUUCCGGGACCAGCAGUGCCAGACGCACGACCGGCUGAGCAGCAAGAAGAAGGGCCUGCUGACAGCGGUGGUGGUUGAUGAUAAGCCGUGUGAACUCUACUGCUCGCCCCUCGGGAAGGAGUCCCCGCUGCUGGUGGCCGACAGAGUCCUGGAUGGCACGCCCUGCGGGCCCUACGAGACCGACCUCUGCGUGCACGGCAGGUGCCAGAAAAUCGGCUGCGAUGGCAUCAUUGGGUCUGCGGCCAAAGAAGACCGGUGCGGGGUCUGCAGCGGGGACGGCAAGACCUGCCGCGUGGUGAAGGGAGACUUCAGCCACUCCCGGGGCACAGGUUAUAUUGAAGCUGCUGUCAUCCCAGCUGGAGCUCGAAGGAUCCGUGUGGUGGAGGAUAAACCCGCCCACAGUUUUCUGGCUCUCAAAGACUCCAGCAAGAGGUCCAUCAACAGUGACUGGAAGAUAGAGCUCCCCGGAGAGUUCCAGAUCGCAGGCACGACCGUUCGCUAUGUUAGAAGGGGCCUGUGGGAGAAAAUUUCUGCCAAGGGACCAACCAAAUUGCCGCUGCAUUUGAUGGUGUUGUUAUUUCACGACCAAAAUUAUGGAAUUCAUUAUGAAUACACCAUUCCCGUAAACUACACUGCUGAGAAUCAAAGUGAACCGGAAAAACCCCAGGACUCCUUGUUCAUCUGGACCCACAGCGGCUGGGAAGGGUGCAGCGUGCAGUGCGGAGGAGGGGAACGCAGAACCAUCGUGUCCUGCACAAGAAUUAUCAACAAGACCACAACUCUGGUGAAUGACAGUGACUGCCCUCAAGCGAGCCGGCCAGAGCCCCAGGUCCGAAGGUGCAACUCCCACCCAUGCCAGUCACGGUGGGUGGCCGGCCCGUGGAGCCCCUGCUCAGCGACCUGUGAGAAGGGCAUCCAGCAUCGGGAAGUGACCUGCGUGUACCAGCUGCAGAACGGCACCCACGUCGCCACUCGGCCCCUCUACUGCCCGGUCCCCCGGCCAUCACCCGUGCAGAGCUGCGAAGGCCAGGACUGCCUGUCCAUCUGGGAGGCAUCUGAGUGGUCACAGUGUUCUGCCAACUGUGGCAAAGGGACACGGAAACGAACUGUGACGUGCACCAACUCACAGGGAAAAUGCGACGCUUCCACGAGGCCGAGAGCCGAGGAGGCCUGCGAGGACUACUCUGGCUGCUACGAGUGGAAAACUGGGGACUGGUCCAAGUGCUCCUCGACCUGUGGGAAGGGCCUGCAGUCCCGGGUGGUGCAGUGCAUGCACAAGGUCACCGGGCGCCAUGGCAACGAGUGUCCUGCCCUCUCAAAGCCAGCAGCCUACAGACAGUGUCACCAGGAAGUCUGCAAUGACAAGAUCAACGUGAACACCAUCACCUCCCCUCGCCUCGCUGCUCUGACCUACAAAUGCACCCGGGACCAGUGGACAGUGUAUUGCAGGGUCAUCCGAGAAAAGAACCUCUGCCAGGACAUGCGGUGGUACCAGCGCUGCUGCCAGACAUGCAGGGACUUCUAUGCGAACAAGAUGCGCCAGCCGCCGCCACCGCCACCGAGCUCAUGACACGUGGCCCCGUGGUCCCACGACGCGCCGACGCGAGGUCUGAGCCCCGACGACACGGCGAGUUGAAAGCCCUCCCACCCGAGAGCACACCAGUUCCCACGGCCGGGACCCCCCACCAGCUCACCACCGCUCACCCAGGAGGCUGUCCCAAGAAUCCGAUUGCAUAGAACUUGAGAGUGGACUUGACAUUUGCUUAGUGCUUUUAUACUUAAUAUAUUGUUAACAGCCACUGGAUGGCUUUCUAUGGUAAGGAAAAAAGAGGCAUGAGGCACAACAUAAUUGUAAUUUCUAAGGUCCCAUGCACCUCAAAGGGAACACCUCCGACAGACGGUCGAGAGGGACGUCACUGCGUGCCUGGGUCUUGGCUUUCCUUUGACGUUGGAAUUCCCAGUGCUUGAUGUACCAUGGGAGGGGGGGAUUAUCCAAAAAAAUGAGACGUUUUACUUUAAAACAGGCUUUAUUCUGAAAGCCAGUGAUGCCCUGGAUGGAAGGACAGAUGUCAGCGAGCCUCUGCCAAAGGCUUCUCCGAAGAGGGCCGGGCUUCCGGAUCCCCCUCGACGCCACAGGAACCAGCCCUUGUCCCCUCCGCCUGUGGCGGAGAGCCCACUCUGUAGAUCCUGGGCCUUUCCUUGGGAGCCUCGCCCCUGAGAGUCUGAGUCUGUGUGAACCAACGGGGAUCCUGGGGCCUAUGUGGUUCUGCGUACCACCCAUGUUGGGGGAGAAUAUUCUGGAAGGGUUUGGGUUUGGGGAGGCCUCUAAUUUUCAGAUCUCUGCUGUCCCCCACACAGGGAAGCAGAAAAGCCUUCCUUCAAGGUGCUGUGACAUGAGGCACGUACUCAUUGUGGCCUGGGGAUUGCUUCCAGGCAUAGAGAUGGGCUCAGGGCUCUGGGGUGUAGGGAGCUCCCCCUCUGCUUCUGGGGACCUCUGCUCUCGCCAGUGCUUCAUAAAGCUUUGCACCUUACAGAUGGCUUCCCAUUGACCUUUGUCGUCUACCUGAAGUUGACGCUUCUUAGAACCUCUUUAGGACUCAAGCUCAGGCCUGGCUGCUUCGCCCCGGCACAGGGCGGGUUUCCCGCAGGGGCUGCUCAGCCUGGUGCAUGGUUGGGGGGGGGGGUGCCCCCUGGCCAGAAUCGCUGCCUGCCCGCCGAGCCUUCCCGUGGCUCAGACCUCACAGUGCUUGUCAAUGUGUUGUCAUCAUUGACCCAUCUUCUCGAGGCAAGAAUGACGUUCAGAAAAGCAUGAAGAAGGUCUUUGCUCCUCCAGUCCCCUCACCCCUGAAAACAGAGCUGUGUCCCCUCUGGAGCCCAGGGGAGAUGACCAGGGUGACCUCUGUGAAAGCACAGAAGAUGGUAGGACCCUGCCUGCCGGGGAGCUGGGAGGAGGGAACCCGACAUGCCAGGAGGUCUGGUUUGCUGCCCGACUCGGCCAGCGUUUGAUGGGUGCUCGUGUUCAAAGACUUUACGGUGAGAAGCCCACCCUCGCCUCCCUUAUUUCAGAGGGGAUCUCACUUAGGCUCAUCUCCAUGGGAUCAUCUCCACGUGCUUCUUGGUUUAUUGGUGCUGUGUGUACGUAUCUGUGUUUGUGUUUUUGAUGUCACAACUUUAGCGUCAGCUUAAAUCAGAAAGGAAACAAAAAACCUCUCUGCCACCUCAAGCCUGUCUGGUGGGCUGCAUUUUGGUUUUUGAUUUUGACUGCCCUCGAGGCAGGGAAGUGGUGGUGGAGCAGAGAAAUCGUUCAGUUCUCCUUGAAUCCGUAAGAAGUGUUGAGAAGGCGCCGUGGGUGCUCUGUGGAAAGAUCCCGGCAAGCGCCAGGAUGGGGCGGCCCACCUGCAGGGUAACCUCCAGAGGUGGCUGCCCAGGGCCUCCCUUGCUCUGACUUGGCCACCAGGAGAGUCCCCAAAGCCCCUUCAGUCUCUUGGGGAGCUAAGGCUCAAGUUAUCCCCCAGCCCCAAAUGGGCUGUCCUUUACCACAGAUGGACAGAAAGCUAGCCAUCAGCCUCUGGGGCUGAGGGGCGGAGCCGCGCAGCCCGCUAAGGAAGCCAGCGUGGCCUUGCUCGCUCGUCUGCAUGGGAACCACGGGCCCACCCAGGCAGGGCAGGCACGUGUGUGUGCCCAGAGGCGGGCACUUUCCCUGCUGCCUCUGCGUCUCCCCGCUGGCCACCUUGACUGUAUCAACUGGACGCCCCUGGCAAGGGCCUCACACCCUCAGAAUGCAAAUGACUGAUUUCAGUUCUUGUUAAACAUCCCUUGGGUUCCCCCAAGUUCGGGUCUUUCUGAGCGCUUUUAGCUCAUGCUGGCACUGUUGUUCUGAAACUCACCAGCCCACCUUCUGUUCACGGCACAGGCAACGAUUGAUGUCGGUGAAGGCGUCAUGGCUCUCUUGCUCCACUUUGUACGGAAGACGGUGAAACCCUGUCAUUACAACCGUGAUGGUCCUUUAUGGUUCACGAUACCCUGUACUGUCACUCGAGUACUGUACCUUUUUGGUUGCACAAAUUGUGUUACUAACUACAGAGUCUCGCGGUCUCAUGGUGCUAUUCUCAUUGGUGCAAAUGAAACCCUCUCAGUUGACCACGACUUGAUAUUAUCAGAAAACAGGGAAAGAUCUUCAAUGGCAGUAAGAUCAUUGUUUUGUUCUCUUUUCUUCACUUCAGAGUCCAAUGUAUAUAUUUUCCAUUAGUUACCUUACAUUACGUACUGUACCCAUGGUAUUUUUGUUUUACUUUUUGGUGCUGGUUUGAAAGGAAAAAAAAAAAAAGAACAGAAGACAAACAUUGGA